AUGGAGCAUUUGCGUUUGAUUUUCUGGGUUUUCGCUAUUUCGUUGAUGAUCAAUGUCUCCUUCGCAAAAACGCUUAAACGAGACGUGAAAGCAUUGAAUGAGAUAAAGGGUUUGGUGGGUUGGAGAGUGGUGUAUACUUGGGUUGGUGAUGAUCCUUGUGGAAAUGGAGAUUUGCCUCGUUGGUCCGGUGUCACUUGCUCAAGAACUGUUGGCAAUUACAGUGUCGUCACUAAGCUAGAAGUGUUUUCGAUGUCGAUAGCGGGGAAUUUCCCAAUGGCUGUAACGAAUCUCUUAGAUCUCAUUGUUCUGGAUCUGCAUAACAACAAAUUGACAGGACCUAUUCCUCCGCAAAUUGGGAAGCUUAAGCGCCUUAAGUCACUGAAUUUGAGGUGGAACAAACUUCAACAUGCCCUGCCUCCUGAAAUUGGUGGACUAAAGAGUCUAACUUUUCUGUACCUGAGCUUUAACAAUUUUAAAGGAAAGAUCCCCAAAGAGCUUGCAAAUCUUCAUGAGCUCCAAUACAUACAUUUUCAGCAGAACAAUUUAACUGACUUCAUAUAUACUUCGUAUCUUGGUAAUGAUGAUCUGCAUGUCUAUAGGGAUGCUGGCAACAAUCACUUAGUGGGGAGUAUAAUAGAUCUUCUACGCACAGAAGGAUGCUUCCCAGCUCUUAGAAACCUGUUUCUAAACAAUAAUUACUUCACUGGAGGACUCCCAAACAAGCUUGCAAAUCUAACAAACCUGGAGAUCUUGUCCUUAUCUUACAACAAUAUGACUGGAGCAAUACCCUCUGCACUUGCCAAUAUAUCAAGCCUAACUUACUUGCACUUGGACCACAAUCAGUUCGAUGGGAGAAUCCCUGAUGCUUUCUACAAGCACCCGAACCUAAAGGAUAUGUACAUAGAAGGGAACGCAUUCAAAACAGAUGCGAAGGCGAUUGGCGCACAUAAGGUCCUCUGA